GGCGGCGGCGGCGGUUCCAGCAUGAAGAGGAGAGCUGGCCUGGGGGGCAGCAUGAGGUCAGUGGUGGGCUUCUUGUCCCAGCGGGGCUUGCAUGGGGACCCCCUGCUCACUCAGGACUUUCAGAGGAGACGCCUGCGAGGCUGCAGAAACCUCUACAAGAAGGACCUCCUCGGCCACUUCGGCUGUGUCAAUGCCAUUGAAUUCUCCAACAAUGGAGGCCAGUGGCUGGUCUCAGGAGGAGAUGACCGCCGGGUUCUGCUAUGGCACAUGGAACAAGCUAUCCACUCCAGAGUCAAGCCCAUACAGCUGAAAGGAGAGCACCAUUCCAACAUUUUUUGCCUGGCUUUCAACAGUGGGAACACCAAAGUAUUCUCUGGAGGAAAUGAUGAGCAAGUUAUCCUCCAUGAUGUCGAAAGCAGCGAGACCUUGGAUGUGUUUGCUCACGAAGAUGCAGUAUAUGGCUUGUCAGUGAGUCCGGUGAAUGACAACAUUUUUGCCAGCUCCUCAGAUGAUGGCCGGGUUCUCAUCUGGGACAUCCGGGAGUCUCCCCAUGGAGAGCCCUUCUGCCUGGCAAACUAUCCAUCAGCUUUUCACAGUGUCAUGUUUAACCCUGUGGAGCCCAGGUUAUUGGCCACAGCCAAUUCAAAGGAAGGAGUGGGACUCUGGGAUAUUCGAAAACCUCAGAGUUCUCUCCUGCGCUAUGGUGGCAAUCUCUCCCUCCAGAGUGCCAUGAGCGUGCGAUUCAACAGCAACGGCACCCAGCUCCUGGCCCUGAGGCGUCGCCUGCCCCCUGUGCUCUAUGACAUCCACUCCCGCCUGCCUGUGUUCCAGUUUGACAAUCAGGGUUACUUCAACUCUUGCACCAUGAAAAGUUGCUGCUUUGCAGGGGAUCGCGAUCAGUAUAUCCUUUCAGGCUCUGAUGACUUCAACCUGUACAUGUGGAGAAUUCCUGCAGAUCCAGAAGCAGGUGGCAUUGGUAGGGUGGUCAACGGAGCCUUCAUGGUGCUGAAAGGGCAUCGGUCUAUUGUUAACCAGGUCCGAUUUAACCCUCACACCUACAUGAUCUGCUCUUCUGGUGUAGAAAAGAUUAUCAAGAUCUGGAGCCCAUACAAGCAGCCGGGGUGUACAGGAGACCUAGACGGUCGGAUUGAGGAUGAUUCCCGCUGCCUCUAUACCCAUGAAGAGUACAUCAGCCUGGUGCUGAACAGUGGGAGUGGCCUGUCACAUGACUACGCCAACCAGUCCGUGCAGGAAGACCCGCGGAUGAUGGCCUUCUUUGACUCCCUGGUGCGCCGCGAGAUCGAGGGCUGGAGCUCUGACUCCGACAGCGACCUCAGCGAGAGCACCAUCCUCCAGCUGCACGCAGGGGUCAGCGAGCGGUCCGGCUAUACCGACUCCGAGUCCUCGGCCUCGCUGCCCCGUUCCCCUCCACCCACAGUGGACGAGAAUGCCGACAGCGCCUUCCACCUGGGGCCCCUGAGGGUCCCCGCCGCCAACUCAGUGGCGUCCCCUCCGCCACCACCCACAUGUGAGGACGCGGCGUCUCGCCAGCAGCGCCUGUCGGCUCUGCGGCGCUACCAGGACAAACGCCUCCUGGCCCUCUCCAACGAGUCUGACUCCGAAGAGAACGCCUGUGAGGUGGAGCUGGACACAGACCUCUUCCCGCGGCCGCGGUCUCCCAGCCCUGAGGACGAGUCCAGCAGCUCCAGCAGCUCCAGCAGCUCCGACGACGAGGAGGAGCUCAACGAGCGCAGAACAGCCACGCGGCAGCGCAAUACCCUGCGGCGCCGGCAGAAGGCGGCCCGGGAGGAGAGGCCCGCGCCCCCCAGCAAGCCCGCCAGCGCCUACAUCGGAGAGGACAACUGUGACUACCCUCAGAUCAAGGUGGAUGACCUCUCCUCCUCCCCGCCCUCCUCCCCUGAGCGGAGCACUUCCACGCUGGAGAUUCAGCCCAGCCGGGCCUCCCCAACUUCCGACAUGGAGUCGGUCGAACGGAAGAUUUAUAAAGCGUACAAGUGGCUCCGCUACUCCUAUAUCUCCUACUCCAGUAACAAAGACGGAGAGAGCUCCCUCGUGUCUGGGGAGGCAGAUGAAGGGAGGGCAGGAACCAGCCACAAGGACAACCCAGCCCCUUCUUCCAGUAAGGAAACCUGUCUCAGCACCCCCGCAGGCCAGAGGAACCAGGACCUGCCCCCUGAAGGUCGCAGCAAAGAUGCUUUUAAAGAAGGGACUUCUGCUAGAAAUCCCAGCAGUGGCCCAGGCCAGGAGCACAGCAGCCACCCUUGGGCAGAGGCACCAGAGGACCCCUCCCAGGAUGCUAACAAUGGUGGCUCUGUAGAACACUCUUUUGAAACCAAGAAGCUCAAUGGGAAGGCCCUGAGCAAAGCCCUAAGCAGCCGGGCUGAGGAGCCGCCCUCUCCUCCUGUCCCCAAGGCAUCUGGCUCCACUCUCAGCAGUGGGUCUGGCAGCUGUCCCAGGACCCAGUCUGAUGACAGUGAGGAGAGGAGCCUUGAAACCAUCUGUGCCAACCACAACAAUGGACGCUUACACCCCCGCCCCCCUCAUCCACACAACAAUGGGCAGAACUUUGGAGAUCUGGAGGCAGUGGCAUGCUCUUCCCCGGGACAUUCAGAUACUGACCAUGAUAACUUGUCCCUGACAGGGCCACUCCUACACAAAGAUUGUUGUGGGUCUGAAAUGGCCUGUGAGACCCCCAGUGCUGGAAUGAGAGAGGACCCCACUGACCCCGCAGACACAGACAGCAGCAGGGCUGUGCAUGGCCAUAGUGGCCUCAAAAGGCACCGAGUCGAAUUGGAAGAUACAGAUUCAGAGAAUUCCUCUUCAGAGAAGAAAUUUAAAACAUGAUAAAUACAAAGGGAAAACAAAAAGCUAUGAAAAGUAGCUUUACAAAAAUUUUUUAAAUCCUGUUUAGUGAACACAAAGGAAAGGAAAAAAAGUAUUAAAGGCACAUAAAACCAGGGCCUGAAAUUUUGUGUCUGAUGCUGCUCCCUUCUAUUCAGUAAUGGGUCUGAAUGUCUAGCUGGCCGUUGGCUUGUGCUGUGUGAGGAAAGGAAAAAAUCCAAGUGACUCCUUUCUAGUAAGACUCGAGCAUCGCGUACUUGUGCGUUUUGUUAAAGUAAAUCCUUGUUGAGACAUUUGACUUGUUCUCGUGUGUGUUCACCGGCCGUGUGAGCUCAUUGUCUCAGAGGCUUUUCUUUCCCUUCUCCAUGAGAAAGGAUCUGUGGAUCUGUAUCUUUUGCCAUCUCACCUUGUUUAUAUGCUGUAGGUGUUCUGGUCUUAACAGUGAGUGCCUGCUGCAUCCAGCUGUUCUGCCCGUGAGUCGUGGACUAAUGGGACUAAUGCUGAAAGAACGAAGGGGAGAAUGAAACAGGCCCUCAGCCCAUUGGCUGGCUGGAAUGGAAAGCAUGGGUCCAUCCUUAGAGAAAUCUUCCAUGUUUUCUCUUAGUAGCACUUCUUCUCUGAGCAUUUAAUGUGGAUGUACUAAAAGUGAAGCCUUUUUAAUGCUAAUGAGAGGUUAGCACUUAAGAUCAGAUUCCAGAGAACACAGAUCCCCUGAUACAUUUCACCUGUGGCAGGUUGAGCAGUGCGGCCCCACACUGUACGGGGGCCAGAAAACAUGACUAGUUGCGGGUGACACUUUAACCAGUUAGGUGCUAGCUCCUAAGAGACACUCUUAAGGGCCAGUGGGCACUCCCGGGGUCCUGUGUGAGGAGAGGAGGGGGUAGAGACCGCUCUCAAGAGCUUUGUGCUCAGACUAUUUAAGCGGACGUUCUAGGUAUGUUAAUGAAAAAGUGUCGUGAAGAGCAGAGUGUGGUACUAUAUUCAUUUAAUUCAACCCAAAAUGAUUGAAGGAACUGGCAUCUUCCCGCAGGCUCGCAAGUAGCAGAGGCUGUGGUGUUCUGACCAGAUCUUGCAGAGCAGUGGGCAUCUCGAAGAAACAGAGUCCAGUUGAGUUGGUAUGUUAGGAGGCAGAGAGGAGUCUCUGGUUUAAGGCUUCUGGCUCCUAGAAGAGACUCCAUUUCACUGAGAGGGGGAAAAACCCGAGAGAUUUUCAGCAUCACAGUGGUUCUGCAGUCACUUGGUUAUCAGUGAAGGGUUGCACAAGACAGGAAGAUCUAGGAAGGACCAGAUAUCCCGUCGUCACAGAUGUCAUGAAAAGGCAGAAUAGUGGCAAGAAAAGAGGAAGAGAGAGAGAAAGAAGCACACACUUAACUUUCUUGGGUGCAGAGGUGCCAGACCACUUGGGUGCAGCCAGCAUUGGCAUAGAAAGGACCAGAUAUGUGACUGGUGUGGCCUCUCCGAUCCAACGUUCUUUUUAGAGGAGGACUUGUCCUACUGGGACCGGGACCAUGUGGAGGAUGAAGACUUGGAUGAAUUUAGGCACUGGGGGAAGAGGGAUUAUUUAUAAAAGGAAGGUUGUUGAUCUAAGCCAAAAGGAGACAUCAUCUGGCUAAGCUUUGUGAAAGGGAAGACGUGCCUGGUAUGUGUGAUGUGACUUGGGUGUGAAAACACUGUCUUAGGAGGAGAUGGAGUAUCAGUAGCAGUGGGGAUGCUUACGAUUGAACAACUGGAAUCUCACGGGGAGGGGGAGUGGGAGAGUGAUUCUGUAACCAUUAGAACUACUUUGGAUUUGUAAUCAAAAUGGUUCUAUGAUUUGUCUUUGACUAUUCACAGAUAAUUGUAAAUUCUGGUUUUAUAAGCCCAAGUCAUUUUACAUUUGCUUUUCCAAAAUUUAUUAAAUUGGAAUUUUUUAAUCCUUUAUAUACAAAAAAAAAAAAAAGAUAUAAUCACUCAGUGUGUGUUUCUCUUCCCCUUCCUAGCCAGCCUACCUAAUCUUUUUGUUUUGUUUUAUUUAAUCUAAUCGGUAGCUAGCCCCUUCUCAUUUCUCUAAGGACAAUCCACUUUUCCUAGAGAAAAAGAAGUUAAGUUCGCUUGGGAACUUGCCACUUGGUGGUUACAGUUUCCAAACGCAGAACUUGGGUCUUUUCAGGUUAAAAGCCUUAAUCCUAUUUGGGUACUCCAAAGAGAAGUCAAGUUCAUUCUGGUUUAAUUUUAGUGUUCAAGAAAGACUGUUUUUUUAGCAACGAGAGACUCUUCCCAGCACCCCAGGUUCAACUUGCCAGGAGAUAAGCCCACAAGAUAACUGGAGGAGGCAGAGAAUUGCUAGUCUCUGUAGCCACUCUACUCUCCUUUCCAGAAAUCUCCUGUCUUGUGAUCGUGGGCCUGAAAACCUGGCAGGAACCAUUUCUAGAGUCCCUUCGCCAAAAUCCUUGUUAAUUGAGGCCCCAACUUUGGAGGCUCAUUUGAUCCCCAAAUUCUUCCGUGAUGGUAUUUUUACUAGCUGGACAGAUGGCACUGAUUAGAUUAAGAACUAUUCGAAAGUGCCUCUUACGAUUUGUUUUCUGCAUCCUGUACAUAAAUUUUUAAGUGGCUGGUCCAGAUAGGUAAAACCGUUUCUUUCCACUUUAUUUUCCGUCUGGUUUUGUAAGUGAUUCCAGUGUCUCUAGGACAGCAGUAAAUGCGUUAAAUGAAUAGUUGGCUUGGGGGCAAAAGAAGGUUGCAACUGUGCUUGAUUUACUAAGCCAGGAGUCCCUUGUUUGUCAAGGUGCCUUCCUCUGCUGAAGCCUUAUUUCCUCACAAGCCCCUCCUGUGACUCCCAGCAAAGCUAGCUCUUCUCCUGUGUAUAUGCAAAUAAACCUAUUAUUCACUUC